CGAUUCAGUUGGACGACGGCCUGGCGCGGGAACUCGAGGCAAAACAAGCCAAGUCGCGGGCAACGAGCGGCCGCAAACCGUCAUGAGUUCGCCGUGGGUGGCACGCGGUCUGUGCGGGAAGAUUUCCCACGGCUCCAUGUGAUCGGAGGAGCAGAAGUGAGGUUCGACUGUUGCGGCCCAUCCCAUGGCAAGGCUCAAGUGCGGUGGUGAACAGGAAACGCCCACAAUGCUUAACAUGAUGGACGUUGGAGACAAUGCCAAUGCAGAAUCACCGGUGAAGGCACAUCAGUCGCUGCAGCCCGGCCUCUCGCCGCAGCACGGGCCGCUCGAGCGCGAGGAGGCGGUGUCCGGUGGUGACUCUGCCUCCUCCCGACUGACCAUCGUCGGCGACGACACGCGCAGCGGCUGCAGCGACGACGGCAGCCGAUCGGCCACCGACAGCGCCGCCCUGCUGCCCUUCCAGUUCCCCAAGAAGCGCGGACGCAAGUCCAAGAAGCUGCUGGAAGCCAUGGCGGCAGCCGGUAUGGAGGUGCCAAAGUACAAGACUCCGGUGCGUAGUUCUGACCCGAACAAGCCUCGGAAAAAGCACGACCGUUUCAACGGUCUGACCGAGGAGCAGCUCUCCCAGCUGACUCUUCCCGACCACCUGGCUCCUGGCCUGGACAUCGUCUUCAUCGGCAUUAACCCGGGCCUGGUGGCGGCGUUCAAGGGGCACCAUUACGCCGGGCCUGGAAACCACUUCUGGAAGUGCGCCUACCUAGCCGGCCUCAUCCCUGAGCCGCUGGGUGCAGAGGAUGACUUCCGGCUCAUCGACCUCAAGAUCGGCUUCACCAACAUCGUGUCCCGCACGACCAAGGGCAGCCAGGACCUCACGCGCAAGGAGAUCAAAGAAGGUGCGAAAAUACUGCUUCAGAAGCUUCAAUUAUUUAAACCAAAGAUAGCAGUUUUUAACGGCAAAGGCAUCUUCGAAAUAUUUUCUGGGAAGAAGGAAUUUCUCUUCGGCAAACAACCAGAGAAAAUCGAAGGCACGCAGACGAACAUCUGGGUGAUGCCCUCCUCAAGCGCGCGGUGCGCUCAGCUGCCGCGCGCCCUUGACAAGGUGCCCUUCUACACGGCGCUGAAGAAGUUCCGCGACCAUCUGAACGGCGAGAUUCCUGAGCCAGCCGAGUCAGAGCUCACCUUCGAGCCUCCCAAACCUCCGGCGGCCCGCCAGGACCGGACACCGCCCUCGGAGACAGCCGACGGCGCGGAGGGCGUACCCCCGGGCAGCCAGCCGGGUGACCCAGCCGCCGCCGGACUCACCGUGCCCAUCAAGAAGAAGCGCGGCAGACCCCGCAAGAUUCGAUUAGAUGAGAAUGGUGUGCCGUUACCUGAGACGGCGCCCAAGCCACGCAGAGCGCCGCCGGCUGACCCGAACAAGAAGAGAGGUCGGCCAAAGAAGAGCAAGACAGAGGCGGCGGGAGAGGCGGCGCCUGGCUACCCGAUGGACCAGUCGAGUCCGGGUGUGGGCGGCUGCGGGGCUGGGUUCGGCCCAGGAGGGUACCCGGGGUACGAGGGAGGGCCGCAGCAGGAGCCAGGGAUGUACGGAAGUGGGCAGUACCAGCAGUACGGCGGACAGUUUGGCAUGGUCGGCGGACAGUGGGGACAGCCCGGCCAGUACGGACAGCCCCCGGCACACUACGGCGGGCCGUACCCGGGACAGUACAGCCCCGAGUACGGCCCGCCCACGGGCGGUCCCGGCUCCGGUCCGUACAUGACACCGCCGUCCGGAGGAUACGGACCAGGGGAACACUACGGCGGGGCACCGGGCGAUCAGUACCAAACCGGCACGCCCUACUCACAGAUGGGGCCAUACGGUCAGCCAGGCCCGGACCAGCACGGCGCGGCACAGACCGGCCAGUAUGGCCCACCGAGUGACCAGCACGGUCAGCCCUCUCACAGUCAGUACGGUCAGAUAGCCGGCGAUCAGCACGGCCCGGUGACCGGUCAGUACAGUCAGGCGCCGUCCGAGCCCCAGCCCACCCCGCCGGGGCAGUACGGUCCCCCGCCACACGGGAGACACGGCCCGGGUGGCCAGUACGGCCAGCCGCCGGCCGAGCAGCCAUCAGCGGGUCAGUACGGCGAUCAGCAGGGCACGCCGAGCCAGUACGGCCAGCCGGGAUCGGACGGUCGGCCGCCGUCAGGGCCGUACCCGCUGCCCCCGUCCAGCCAGUACGGCGGCUCGGCGGCGGCCGGGCGGUGCAGCCAGUCACCAGCUGGGGAUUACACACCCUCACCCACCCCCACCAGUCAGUACUUUCCGUCACCGGCGAGCCAUUACACUCAGUCGCCGGGCAGUCAGUAUAACCCGCCGUCAUCGGGAGACCAGUGUGUGCCGUCACCGGCGGCCCAGUACAGCGCCUCGCCACCGGGGCAGUACACCCACUCUCCUCCGGGGCAAUACUCGGCGUCACCGACAGCCCCACAGUCGCAGCUGCAGCCGGGCGGUGGGACGUACACUCAGCUGCUGUCAACUCCGCAUCCCCUGCCGCCGAGCCAGUCGCCCGGAGCACGGUUCCCACCGUCCCCCUCAGCCCAGAGCGGCGCGCAGUCACAGGCUCAGUCGCCGCAGUACACUCAGCUGCUGUCCAGUCGUCAGUCCCAGUCCCAGUCGCCGCCGGGACAGCGGCUGCAAUCGCCGUCGGGACAGUACUCGGCUUCCCCAGCCAGUCGAUACCCCGCCUCCCCAGCGGCGGGGCACUUCACCCCGCCGGCCAGCGGGCCGCCGCCGUGGCACGGGGCACCUGCGGCCACACCCAGGCCUGGACCCGGACCCGGAUCCGGAGCUGGACCCGGAGCUGGGCCGGCGACACCGGUCGGAUACCGUCACAGUCCAGCUCCUCUCAGUUCUGGAGCCGGGACUAGCGGGCAGGCGUCACCCGCUGGAGUCACCCCUCCUCCAGCAGCGUCCCCGGCUACCAGGACCCCUGACAAGGAGCCGUCGCGCUCGACGAGCCCCGGUGCCAGCGAGCAGCGGCGCCCGCCGGCGGCGAGCGACCGCCAGUCGCCGGCGCACUACCCCUCCGGCCCUCCGGCGGGGGCGAUCGAUUUUUCGCAGCACCAGCCGCCGGCGAGCAAGGCGGAUCUGGCGACUAAGUCUCUGUCGGACCUGGAGUCGCUGGUGGAUCAGAUUCCCAGUCUGGGCGGUGGUGAGGGGAUGGCGCCGGCUCCGGCUCGUCACGCCCCUCCGCCGCCACCGCCGCCGGUACGACCACCCCUAGAGGUGGCCCCGUCUCCGCCCGGUGACCCGUACGGCCGGCUGUGCGCGCCGUACCCGACCCCGGCCGGGUACGGCUACUGUCCGGCGCCGUACAACUCCGGCGGUCAGCCGAGCUCAAACUUCUCGGUGGCCGCGCUGACCGGCGGCGCCGUGUCGCCUCCCGCGUCCGGCGCCGGCGGCCCGUGUCCCGGCCCGGCGCCGGCUGCGGCCGAGCUCGGUACCACCGGCGGUCCGUACCCGUACUCGGCGUACGGGGCGCUGCCGUACGCGGCCGGGCUGCACAUGCCGCCGCCGCGGUACGCCUAUCCGACGGGGUACGGCGCGCCGGGGUACCACCACCCCGGGUACGCGCCGCCACCGGGAUUGGAGCGCCUCAAGCCCGAUCAUUUGGACGCACGGUUCGGCGCGUUCUAGAGACAGUUGGGAGGGGAGCGAGGGCGAUAUUAGAGACUUCCAGCGCGGGCCUAAGGGGCGAGCUGCUUCGUUGCUCAUCAAGUUCGAUAGCAGAAACUCGCGAAGCGAUGUCGGUUGUGACGCUAGUCAGUCUGAAUUGUGUUCUCAUUUUUAUCGAUGCUUUUUGCGAAGAGCUAUCGUUUGCCCAAUCGAUUUAUUGCGUUGUCUUGAUCUCGUGUUCAUGAUAUUGAUCUCAUGUUCAUGAUAUUGUUCUCAUUGUGUUGCUCACUGCGUUGUUCUAUGUAUGUCAAAGGCGUAAUUUCGGCGCUACUCUAUGUUUUGUCCGCUUGCCGUGACUCGCGAGCAUGAGGCGACGGAACAGCUCCAUUGCCCGCACAUCGCUACCGGCUCCAUGUACAAACGAUCUCAAAUGAGCUUUGUGUGGGUCGCGGGCGUGCCGGCCGUCGCGUUUGGUAGCUAGUCUAUUCUGCAGAGCUGCAUGGAAGGACAAUCACAGGGUACGGUGCAUUGGCGUGUGUAAUGUGUUCUACUUAUUGCACAAUCGCUUGCCGAGGCGAGCACGGCCGCUUCCACAAGCAGCAGUGUGCAACAAUCGUUGCCGACACAUCAGUAUUGCACAGAGCCAUCGAAAAUGGCAGGGUUACGCGCACAGCGCAACGAAAUAGUAUUUUUCAUUAUCCAUAUUCGCAGACAUUCGUUUACAAUCACCCUCAUUCUCGUUGUGUAUCUUUGUACUGGAUGGCUGUUUUCUCCAGUCGGCGCGCUGUUUUCAGCACACGUGUGUUCCAGUUGUGAUCUUGUUUGGAGCACCUGCCAGCGUCCAUAGGUUUGGCGGCGCCGCUCGGUCAUCUGAUCAUCCGCAUUCCGCGCGGAACUGAGCGGAACUCCGCCCCGCUUGCCUGGCCGGCAGUGUCCGACCUGCCGCGAUAUCGGCAGUCCGCUGGGUCGGCUCCUCUCGGCAGAACGCUGCCCAACGGCUCUAAGCUCCGACAGCAAUAGAAUCUCGGCGGCGGCUCGCGCGCACGCGCCCAGGCCCCGUUUGCUCAGCGCGAAUGUCGCCGCCGGUCGACCUGCGUCCGGUUUCCAGCGUGUAACGAGCUCCGUCGCCCCUAGCGGCGCUGUGAUAUGGCUCGGCGGCGCGGCCGGGGCUUCUCUCGGGACCGGACGCGGAUCUCGUGACGCUCUCAGAGCGCCAGAUUGCUAGACCUGUUUGUGUAGCGCCAGUGCCGGCUCGCGCGCAGUCCCCAGGUGGAGUGUUCGGUCGUUUGGUGGGAGAGGUGUGUCCAGAACUGGUGUGGACUCUCGCCGACGCAGAGAACCCCUCCGAGGUAGCGAUGCCGCGUUAGUAGGAAUGGUCGGCUCGCCACCGUGCAAUAUGGGCUCGUGUGUGCGUGUGUGUGUUCGUGUGUGUGUGUGUUGGCCGGGGCAUCAGGUGCCAAAGCGUCCCCGGGUGGGCCUCUCGGCCGGAUAUGUGUCCAGGCCACACGGGGAACCGUCGCCGCAUUUCUGUUUGCUGUAGAUCAGUUGGCCACCGGUGUCGGAGUGUUGGGGACCGGGGAUGCCGGAAUAUAAUCACUUGCAUCAA